CAAGGACUCAAGACUCUCCGGUAUAAAAGCCCGGCAUCACUGCUGCAAGACACACUCGCUCAGCUGUGGCCACAGCUAACCAACUUUCAGCCAUGAAGCUCUUGGUGCUUGUGAUCCUGGCGGCUGCCGCUUGCGCUUCUGAGAUUGAGAAGCGAGAUGCAGAGCCCAGUUACGUGACGAGCAAUUACGGUAGUGCUUACCCAGCAUACAGUCACCGUUACCACAAUGGAAAGAGGUCUGCCGAGCCAGAGCCUGAACCAUCAUACCCAAUUUAUUCCUCCGGCCUUCGACAUGGUUAUGAUCGUCAUUACUACAAGAGGUCUGCCGAACCAGAGCCUGAACCAUCGUAUCCUCUCUACUACGCUCCCCGUCAUGGUUAUCGCCGCCAUUUCUACAAGAGGUCUGCAGAUCCUGAACCAUCCUACUCAGUCUUCUCUAAUUAUGGUUACCGGCCACUAAACUAUUAUAGUCAACACUAUUACUAGAUUUCUGCUGACCUAAAUGACACCAUCUCUACUUACAUUUAGGUCUAUGGGAAAUCAAACUAUAUGGUAAACCAUCUCAACAAUAAUUUUCAGACUACGAGGCCUACAUGACAAACAAUUGCAAAGAUCACACUCAUCGCCAGGAUUACUAUCAUUAUGACAUCAAUGAGCUGAAAUAUGCAUUAAAUUAUUCAACAAGUUUAAUGUUAUUUUGUUGAGUGUUCUGUUGUACAGCAAAGAAAUAAAUCUAUAUAAUAAU